UACUUUGAUUUCCCCCUGCCUUCCUUGCUGCCCAUCUUCGAGAUGCUGAUAAACCCCGAAGAGGAAUAUCCGGUGGUCUGCAUUGGGGUGAGCAAGGGGCCCCCAGGACAAGCCGUGCAGUUUCAAGUCAUUAACCUCAAUUCCUUAACCUCCUGGUUUAUCAGCGACAAAAGCGAGCCUUCCUGCUGUGGCUUCGUCCAGGUGACUCAGUUGGACAACAGGACGGUGAUGGUUCUGAUGGAUGGAUGCAUCCAGUUUGUCAGCCCCCGAGGGGCACUGCUUGGCUCGCCACCGAAACUCACCUUCGACGUAGCGGUGGAGUCGGUCGCACUUGUGCAGCACUGCGUGCAUGCAUUUUGGCGCCAUGGUGUGCAGACACGGCCGCUUGGAUCAGGGCAGGUAGCCCAGAAGCUGCAGGAUCAACGGUGGACCUUCCGCCUCCUGGGAGCCUCCAGCACCAUUGUGUUAGAGACGCGACCGGUGAAUAAUCCAAACUCCACCAGCAAUCUCUACGUGCCGGAAUGAUGAUGGUCAUAGGUUGCUCAGACUGACCAUUUCCCACCCUCUGGAACGGAGUCCUCAAACAAGAACAAGCGAUGGGGAAGGGGACUCCUUCUGUCAGAUGCUUAGGGACUGCCCAGGAAGCUGGCAAAGCAAGGCUGGCAGUGAGAAAUUGUCCAGCCGAACUCUUCAAUAGCUUCACCCCGAAGCACCGAAGGACACCAAUGCCCCGGUUUUACGCUUCUCAUUACCUACCACUGAACCUCAGUAAACAGUAUGCUCAGCUUUUCGUUUCCCGUACGUACCUUCUCCUCUGAAAGAUACAUGUCAGUGUGCAUGUGUGUAUACAUUAAUGCACCCAAGAGCAGUGUCCAGGAUGUGGCUAAGUUGUGUAUGGCCAGAUCCUGCCUGAGUAGGGGUUACCGCCAGGAUGUUGCAGUUGCCCCAUCACUGCAGG